UCUCUACGGCUCUUCCAUGCGCGAACUUCCACGUGUGACGCACAUUUUCGGCGACUCUCAGAGUGUAGUCGUUUUCAGUAGCUAAUAAAACAUGGCGGAGACUGCAGAGGGAAUCAGAGAGGACCUGAUUGAUCGACCCACAAACAAUGUACAGGUUCGUGAAGAAAAUGAGCUUUCUACAGCUGCAAGGCUUGCGCAGAUGGCAGGAAUGCCUCUCUCCGGGCCACCACCAUCUACUGCUCUAGGACUUGGGUUCCCAUUGGGUUUGACAUCUCGUAUCAGUUCUGACUCUGAAGGCAGUAAGCCGCAACAGGGAAUCUCAUUAUCUCUUCAAGCUGACAGCCGUCCAAUGGCUACUCUUCUUGAGCAAGAUAGCUCCACCACACGUUCCUUGCUUCUCCCUAGAGGAAACCUUCCCAUUGCAUCCUCAAUCCCUCCACUGCUGCCCACUAUCACCCGACCCCGUGUAAUCAACCAGCCACCUACUGAAGAGUUGAGAGAGUCUGAUGACUCAUCAACUGGUCCUAAGAUUCCACAGGUACUUGAGAAGAUUCUUCAACUCAAAGAGAUCAGGCAAGAAGAGAUGGUUUCUAUACCUGUGACUACAGAAGAGGAAGAUGAUAUGGACUAUAAUCAGGUAUACACAGCUUCUGAAACAGAAGAGGAAAGCACUGCCCCAUCUAAAAAGGAGAAAAAAGGUCGCAGACGGAGGAACCGAAAGAAACGAACACGCAGAAAGACAGUCAUCUCACAGCCGGUAGUUGUCGAAGAGAUGAAUGAGGCAGCUGAGGCUGUUGCUGACACUGCAACAGGGAAGAUUGAGAUAGAGUAUGUAACAGAGGAACCAGACAUCUAUGAUCCCAACUUUAUCUUUUUCAAAAGAAUUUUCCAAGCUUUUAAGCUCACAGAUGAUGUUAAGAAAGAAAAAGAGAAGGAACCCGAGAAGGUGGAGAAGAUUGAACCAGCUGCCCCCAGAAAGCGUUUUGAAGAGGAACAGAUGGACAGUGAUAGUGAUAGUGAUGAAGAGAACAAGAAGUUGGAUGCUCCCAAACUGUCGAAGAAAAAGUUGAGGAGGAUGAAUAGAUUUACAGUUGCUGAACUAAAGCAGUUGGUAUCAAGGCCAGAUGUAGUGGAAAUGCAUGAUGUCACUGCUCAAGAUCCUAAACUCCUUGUCCACCUGAAGGGCACACGUAAUUCUGUCCCUGUUCCUCGUCAUUGGUGCUUCAAACGUAAAUAUCUGCAAGGAAAAAGAGGUAUUGAGAAGCCCCCUUUCCAGCUUCCUGAAUUCAUCAAGAGAACAGGCAUUCAGGAAAUGAGAGAAGCUCUUCAGGAAAAGGAGGAACAGAAAACCAUGAAAUCCAAAAUGAGAGAGAAAGUGCGACCGAAGAUGGGAAAAAUUGACAUAGAUUAUCAAAAACUUCAUGAUGCUUUUUUCAAGUGGCAAAGCAAGCCAAAGUUGACAAUCCAUGGAGACCUGUACUACGAGGGAAAGGAAUUUGAGACCCGAUUGAAGGAGAAGAAACCAGGAGACCUUUCAGAUGAAUUGCGCAUCGCUUUGGGAAUGCCUGUUGGACUUAACUCGCAUAAAGUGCCUCCUCCCUGGCUCAUUGCAAUGCAGAGAUAUGGACCACCACCUUCUUAUCCAAACCUAAAAAUCCCAGGCCUGAAUUCUCCGAUUCCAGAUGGCUGCUCCUUUGGCUAUCAUGCUGGUGGCUGGGGAAAGCCUCCUGUAGAUGAAAUGGGAAAACCGCUCUAUGGAGAUGUGUUUGGGACAAACGCAUCAGAUUUCCAGAGCAAAAAUGAGGAGGAGGAUAUUGAUCGGACCCUUUGGGGAGAGCUGGAACUCUCUGAUGAUGAAUCCUCAUCUGAAGAAGAAGAAGAUGAGAGCGAUGAGGAUAAACCAGAUGAGACCGGUUUUAUUACACCUGCUGAUAGUGGUUUAAUUACCCCAGGAGGAUUUUCUUCUGUGCCUGCUGGUAUGGAGACCCCAGAACUGAUUGAGCUGAGGAAAAAGAAGAUUGAGGAGGCCAUGGAUGGAACGGAAACGCCUCAACUCUUUACUGUACUUCCGGAGAAAAGAACAGCUACUGUUGGAGGGGCCAUGAUGGGUUCCACUCACAUCUAUGAUAUUACAACGGCAAUGUCACGAAGAGGUGCCCCCACUGAACCGCAAGGGGUGGAAGUGGCUCUUGCUCCUGAAGAAUUGGAAUUGGAUCCAUCUGCUAUGACUCAGAAAUACGAGGAAAGAGUAAGGGAAGCACAGGAACAAGUUCAAAAAGAAGACUUCAGUGACAUGGUGGCUGAGCAUGCAGCCAAACAGAAGCAAAAGAAGAGGAAAGGACAGCCACAGGACUCCCGUGCAGGAGGCAAGAAAUAUAAAGAGUUCAAGUUCUAAAUUUGUACAUCAUCUCCGCCUUCCUUCCAUACCAUUCUUUUUAUUUUUAAACUGUUCUGUAUGUUUUGAUUUUUUUUUUUUCCAUUGGCAAAAGAAAAAUGAUUAAUUGCUGUAAAAUUUAUUAUAACUUGAUAUUAAAA